AUGGAGAGUCUCAACUCGCCUACCUUGUGCGUGGCCGGGAGCUUUCCUGGCUUCCACCAUGACGGCGUGCUUCAGCGAGCCCGGGCGCUGAAAAGCAAGCCCAACGCCAACUGCCGGCGCAAGAGGGAGUUCAUCUCCGAUGAGAAGAAGGACGCCAGCUACUGGGAGAAGCGCCGGAAGAACAAUGAGGCCGCCAAGCGCUCCCGGGAGAAGCGGCGCUUCAAUGACCUGGUGCUGGAGAACCGGGUGAUGGCGCUCAAUGAGGAGAAUGUACGGCUCAAGACCGAGCUCCUCCAACUCAAGCUGCGCUUCGGGCUGAUCAGCACGGCGGCCUUCAUGGAGAAAAGCCAGCAGCUGAGCACCGCCAGCGCCACCUCCGCUGAGGAUUUCUGCGGGGCCGGCGACAGCGGCCGGUACUCCGGGGCUCUCUCCCGGUCCCACCACUCGGAGGACUCCUCCGAGACGGAGCAGUCGAGCAGGGACAGCGUCAGUGCGUCGGUGGCCAAAUAUUCGCCCCGGGGAUCCCUCUCGGACAUGUCGGACGGUUCCUCGCGGGGUAGCCCUGUGCCACAGACGCUCGGCGAAGUCCAGGCGGUCAGCAGGGCUUAUGGAGAAGCUCCCCUGCAGCACCCCACAGAAGCCAAGGGCCCGGUUCCUCGGGGCGUCAUCCUCUUCAGUGCCAACGGUUUUACCGCCAUGGCCCCACCCCAUCCGCUGCUCCCUCACCAAGAAGAGCGAGUGGAAGGCUGCGUCGUCGAGAUGCCUGGAAGUCCCAGCCCAGAGAGCAAUGCCCGUUGUCAGGCGGAGGAUCUGCAGCCUCACCCCGGCUAUUGCUCCAAAUCCCAGAGCUACGGCAUCGCCCCGGAUUAUUUGGACAGGGAGCUGGCUGGGGUGGAGCAGGGCCCGAAGGUGCAGGAGCCCAUGUCUCCCUUUGAGAGCUACUCCAGCGAGGACCAUGGGGAGGAGCCCAGCUGGAGAUGCUUGCCUGCUCCCUUUGCGGUGCUGCCGGAUGCCCAUCCUGAUGUCAAGACGGCAGCUCUUCCCCACAAACUCCGCCUCAAGUGCCGGGCGCACAGCAGCGGUGUUCAAGAGGUGUUCCCCGGUCCGAGUCCUGCGCCAGCAGCCUGCUGUCCGGAGACCCCCUCCAUGCCAGACUGGGACAGCGAUAGGCAUGAGGAGGUGUCGGCCCUUGUACGGCAAGCUUUGCUUCUCAACGAGCAGCCAGCCUCGGCAGGGGCCCUGGAGAGACUCCUGUGCCCUGCCGCCGGACUCCACUCGGACAAUGCAGUACCCAAGGAACAUGGUGGCCAGUGGGAGGACGGUUGUCACGACAAUGGACUCCGGCCCACUUGA